AUGAGUGCAGGUAGGAAACCAAAAUUACAUAGUUUUUCAGAUAGAUUGUGGAAUUUAUGCGGAAUUGGAGAAAAAUGUUGUAAAAACCAGGGCUGGGCAAUUGGCCUGGACUUUUGACCCCCCUGCAAUGAUGCGACCGGGCCAGGGCUGGGCAAUUGGCCGGCCCUUGACCUGGACCUUUGAACCACGUGCAAUAUUCCGAUCGGACCCAAACUUUGCAGGCUUCUAGGACAUGGGUUGAAGCAUACUGGGACCAAGUUUCAGCCCUAUCGGAUCAUCAGGUCCCGAGAUAUGUGGAUCAUUGGCCGAAAUUGGCCGGAAGCCCGGGCUUUUUGGAAAAAAUCGGCUAAUGAUCCACAUAUCUCGGGACCCAACGAUCCGAUCGGGCUGGUACUUGGUCCCAAUGGCCCUCAAUCCAAGUCCAACAAUCCUGCAAAGUUUGGGUCCGAUCGGAAUAUUGCACGUGGUUCAAAAGUCUAAUGGUCGACCAACGAAAAGCCCGGGCCGCCGGCCAAUUGCCCAGCCCUGGACCGGGCCCAAACUUUGCAGGCUUCUCGGACUUGGAUAAAAGUAUACUGGGUCCAAGUUUCAGACCGAUUGGAUCAUCGGGUCCCGAGAUAUGUGGAUCAUUGGCCGGAAGCCUGGGCUUUUACACCGAAAACCUUUAAAGAAUAGUGAAAAAGUCCAAAAAGAGCAGCAAAAUUCGAAAAUCAAGGCGUUUUAUUCAUUUCGGAGAGACACUAGUUGUCGUCGACGUCGGGGCAGGGAUUCAUGGCGUCUUGUCCGGGUUGCGUUCCUCGUAUUGCAACUCCUCCUUCUUCUUCGGAGCCUCAUUCUUUCCUCCACAAUACAUCAGCGCGGCUGGCAGAACUGCCGUCGAAACGAGCUGCAUCUUUUUUUUUGAAGGGAAUGAGAGAUGAAAAAAGAACUCACCAAUAUCCACCAGACAUUUCGGCCACACGUGGACAUUUCGGCCAACUGAUUCACCACGCCAAAAGGAUUAGAAUUCCGCCUGUUUUUUGAGGGGAAAAUCAGGUUUUCCUGAAUUUCUCGAAAAUUCCAUCAAAAAUUUCAGUUUUUGCACAAACAUCUGAAAAUAACAGUUCUCAAAUGAGUCAGUUUUUGCAGAACAAUACGGAUAUUAUGGAGGCGGCGUCGCACCGCCCGUCUCCGCGUCGAUUCCGCCUUCCGCGUCCGUUUACGGCGAGCAGAGACCCACUUUCUCCGAGGACGGAACCGGAGCCCCCUACACCACCAUGCUCAAUCUGUACGUAUAAAGUGGCGAAGAUAAAAUAGUGCAAAUUGAAAAAAAAAAGAAAAAUAAUUCUUGCAGCGUCGGAACAUCGGCGAUCAACAGCGAUAUCAGCUACGAUACGUCGUCCAAGGACCCCCACAUGAUAAGGUAAAAAAAACAACUUUUUAUCGAGAAAAAUGCGGAAAUGUACGUGUUUUGGAGGUCAGAAUGGAAUGGAGUAAUGGGCAAAAAAGAACGGAAUGAAAAGGUCGUGGGAAAGUAAACAAAAUAGGGAAAAGAAUGGCCAUGAGACUGGCCUCGGCGGGGCUUUUUUGGAAGCGGUACCUCUUUCUUAUUGUGGGCAAAAUUUUGGAUUUGUUUCCUCGAUUAUCCAAUUCUUGUCAUUCGAUACUUUUGCAGAGCGCGUGUGUUCAUCGGAAACAUUGCCCGUGCGAUCAUCACUCGCGAUGACAUCAUCGAACUGUUCCGUCCGUUCGGAAAAAUUCUCGCCGUCAACUACUUUGCGGUUCGUUCCCCUCUUCUUUCUGUAUUUUUUUUAGCUUUUUAAACCGAAAAUGUAUCGAGAUAUUCGUUUUGCGCUUUAAAGGACCAGGGAACCCAACAAUUUUUUGAUUUUUUUGUGAAAUGUUUUUGUGACUGUUUGAAUUUUCUCUUAUUGCCUCAUACACUGGUGAAAUGCUGCCUCUCAAAAAUGCCAAUGAACGAAACGGCAUGCAGUUGAAGUUGUGGCCGUGGCCUAACGCCAAUGGCCGAAAAAUAUAUAAAAAUAUAUGCGCUUCUCGGCCAUUUUAUUUUUUCCGCUUUUUUACCGGUUUUUUUCCAAAAAUUCACGGUUUCUCCCAUUUUGGCACUUCAUAUCGACUGAAUGAAAACAAUUUUUUAGCAGUGAAAAAAUAAGUAAGUGCCGAACAAAUGUCAAUCAACUGAAAAAUGGGAGAAAACCGUGAAUUUUUGGAAAAAAAACCGGUAAAAAAGCGGAAAAAAUAAAAUGGCCGAGAAGCGCAUAUAUUUUUAUAUUUUUUUCAGCCAUUGGCGCUAGGCCACGGCCACAACGUCAACUGCAUGCCGUUUCGUUCAUUGGCAUUUUUGAGAGGCAGCAUUUCACCAGUGUAUGAGGCAAUAAGAGACAAUUCAAACAGUCACAAAAACAUUUCACAAAAAAUCAAAAAAUUUUUGGGUUCCCUGGUCCUUUAAACGGCUACAGUGCCCGUAUCGUCUGUCUCGUGGAAUUUCCACCUAAAGUCGCCCAAUUUUGCUCAUUUUUCAUCGUUAAAACGCCAAUUUUUGCAGCAACAAGGCUUUGGAUUCGUCCAAUUCAACGAGGCGACGCACGCCGAUCAAUCAUGUCUCCAACUGAACGGACGCACGUGGAAAGGAUGCGCUCUCGGUGAGAAAAACUGAAAAAUAUGGAAAUCUCCUUGAAAAACAAAAAACGCUUCGAAAUGACGAGUCUGACGAUUUUUUGGCUGUCAGCAAUUAUUUUUUCCAACUUUAUUUCGAUUUUUCAAAGGUUUAUCCAGUAUUUUCACUGACAGACCUCUUUUUCCAGAUUUUCUUUCAGACAAUCCUAAUUGUUUGCCCAAAUUCAGAUGUGCACUUGGCCAUGCUCGGAUCGCUGAAAAAGCCGUCGGCCGGAGGAGGCGGGGCCAGCCAACCGGUCGUUCCGCCCGUCGUCCACCCGGUCGCCCCAGCGGCUUCCGUCGAAAAUGCGCACAGGUUAACCAGAAAUCAAUUUUCCGUUUUUCGCUCUAAUUUUUAUGACUGUUUUUCAUAUUUUGAUUCGUUUUGGGGAAUUUUUCCGUUUUUUUGGCGAAGUUUUCACAUAAAAAGUGCAGUUUCCAAUAUGGGAAUCUAAAUAGCUUUGUCAAAAAGUAACGCUCUUUAGCGUGUCCAAAAAUUCAAACAAUUCCCAAACGUUUCAUAAUUUUCCCAAUUUUCAGCCAAAAACGGCCGUACGAGGAGGAGGAGUACGAGAUUUUCAAGCAAAACAAGAAGAACAAGCACUUUGCGAAUGGAGACAAGACCACCAAUGACAAUUUGGCGCCGAACGGUAAGAGCUGGGCACAAAAAUGAGCGCAGGCAAUGAGAAUUGGCAAGAACAGUGCGGGACCAUGUAGUUUUUUGGAUUAUUCGAUCGAACCGGAUAGUUCGAAGGCUCGAUUUUUGCAAAAAUUUUUGAAAAAAGCCUGUGUAGUUUGGGUCCGAUCGGGAAAAUGCAACUAGGCCAAAAGUCCAGGUCUCAAACGAACUCUAACUUUACACGAUUAUCAGUCUUGGUUUGGAGUAUCUUCAGUGAGAAUUUCAGUCCGAUUGGAUCAUCUGAUCAGGAGAUCGAAUGAAAUGAAACCGAAAAGUCUGAUGUUCACCGGAACUUCUACUUCAACUGAAAUUCUCAUUGAAGAUACUCCAAACCAAGACUGAUAAAUGUGCAAUAAGAAAGUCCAAUUAGUUAUCAAAUCCAUAAAAGGACCUCAUUCAAAUUGAACGCGAAAUCCCAAAAAAAAAACCAUAUCAAUUUUUUGCAGAGAUGUGCGACACGAUGGUGUGCGGUCAUUGCCGUUUCGUGACGAGCGACUUUGAGGAGUUCAAGGAUCACCGUAUCGCCGGAUGCGGAAAGUACAAGGAUCCGGGUAGGAGCCCCUCCGAAUUUAUGGCCAACUCUCAAACGGAACCUAUUUCAGAAGAGCCACGUCACCGCCUCAAGUGUGCCACGUGUCAUCAACGUUUCCUCGGCGCAUGGGGACUUUUGGAGCAUCUCACCGAGUUCCACCGCAUGCUUCUCUACAACGAGGAGCGUCUUUCGGUGAGAAAAAUAUAUAGUUUUGGCCUUAAAAACGAAAUUUUGCAGAGAGAAGAGCUGGACCGCCUACGUGGCAACGGUUCGACGCCUUCAUCGCAAACUUCGGAGGUGGCUUCGACUUCGGCUGCUCCGAGAGCCGGCCCGCCUUCUGCUCCGCCGAGCCAAUCCGCCAACUCGUCGCCUUCGCAGCACUUGAGCGCCACCGCCACUCCACAAUAUUGA